GAGCCACUGCCGGCAGCGCUGGGCCCGGGCAGGCGCCGCGCCUGCAGCUCUCGGCGGGGCCAUGCGGAUGGCGGUCGGUGCGGCAGCGGGCGAGGGGGCAGCGCAGAGCCCCGGCCCCGCCGCCGUGUCGCUGGGCUUGAGCGUGGCCGUGGUCUCCAGCUUGGUGAACGGCUCCACCUUCGUCCUGCAGAAGAAGGGGAUCGUGCGGGCCCGCGGGAGAGGUACUUCAUACUUAACAGAUAUAGUAUGGUGGUCUGGCACUAUUGCAAUGGCUCUGGGUCAAAUAGGGAAUUUCUUGGCCUACACUGCAGUCCCAACUGUACUAGUGACGCCCUUGGGAGCUCUUGGCGUUCCAUUUGGGUCCAUCUUAGCUUCUUACUUACUGAAAGAGAAACUGAACAUUCUUGGCAAGCUGGGAUGUUUGCUGAGCUGCGCCGGGUCUGUUGUUCUCAUCAUCCAUUCCCCAAAGUCCGAGAGUGUGACGACUCAGGCUGAGCUUGAAGAGAAGCUUACAAAUCCAGUUUUCGUGGGUUAUCUCUGCAUAGUGCUGCUAAUGCUUCUCCUGCUUAUCUUCUGGAUAGCUCCAGCUCAUGGACCUACUAAUAUCAUGGUUUACAUCAGUAUUUGCUCUCUGUUGGGCAGUUUCACUGUUCCCAGUACAAAAGGCAUUGGGCUGGCUGCUCAAGAUAUCUUUCACAAUAACCCAUCAAGUCAAAGGGCUCUGUACCUCUGUCUGGUACUUCUGGCAGUAUUAGGAUGUAGCAUUAUCAUUCAGUUCAGAUACAUCAAUAAGGCACUGGAAUGUUUUGACUCCUCUGUGUUUGGUGCCAUCUACUACGUUGUGUUUACCACCCUAGUCUUGCUGGCUUCAGCCAUCCUUUUCAGGGAAUGGAGUAAUGUAGGAGUGGUAGAUUUUUUGGGAAUGGCUUGUGGAUUCACCACAGUAUCUAUUGGAAUUGUUCUUAUACAAGUCUUCAAGGAAUUCAACUUCAAUAUUGGAGAUUUAAAUAAACCUAACAUGAAAACAGAUUAAAAUAUUUUUUGAGGGGAAACUGGAUGGCUCAGGGAAGGAUGCAGAGUCUUUAAUUUCUAGGUCACUGAUUCAAAUGGGAUUCAGGCAGGUAACUACCCUCUGAUGAUUUGGUGGCCUAUAUGAAAUGAAUUGGAGGCCUCCAUCCAGUUUCAAAGGAACAGUUGUCCAUGUACCCCAGUCGACACAAUAAAUGACCUUAACUGCAACCACUGAUUGAGUCAGCAUAGAGACUGAUGAAUUUCUUUACUAUAAAAGGUAGUCCCUCAGAAAAGGUCUGUGGAUAUUCUGACAGACCUGCAUGUGAAAGCUUGUAUUGUGACUUCUGAGGUACCAUUUCUGUGGCAGAGAACAUCAGUUUCUAACUCACUCAAUCUGACACCUUCCAUCAUGAGUGAUGUGUACCUUUAAAAUAAGGAGGAAUAAAAGUGGAAGAAUUUGUUAAUUUCAGUAUAGCAACGUGUUCACCAUGAAGGCUGUGAAUUCUGAGAUAAAUGUUGGUUGAACCAUGAACUGCAGAUUUGUCCUUUUUAAUGACUGUCUUGGCAACUUUGUCUGCCAUGUGGCGAGGACUGGGGAGUUUUAAAUUUAAUUCUUUAUACAGAGCAGUGGACCCUUAAAUUUGUUUCACUAAUUACUUAUCAGCUGAUGGUAGUGACCAGGUAUGCAUUUUUCUUUGUAACACUUGCAUUAAGACAUACUGCAUUCAUCUCACAGUUUUUAAUUGGGAGCAGACAGAAAGCCUGUGAAGGAUAUGGAAAUGAUGCACAGACUCAUUGCCUACAUGGUGGCUUAUUUGUAAGCAGCUCAGAACUGUUUCAGUGCCUUUGCAAUCCAAAAAUACUGCAUAAUUGUGAAUGUAUUUGUUUCAGAUGGCCUAUACUGGUUUAAUAAUUCUGUUUCACUGUCUAUAAUAUUGGACUGUAUUCAGAUUCUAAACACAUAAAGUAUCUAGAAGGACCCAUAUAUAUUUGGAAGAAUUGACAAACGUGAACUGAAACCCCCAGAUGCCUUGACAGCUUCUGAAAAACUCAUAAUCCUAAUGAGAAGAGGUAAUCUACAGGAGGCGUGUUGAAAACAGCCCAGCAUACCUUCAUUUUAGUUCAGUGACUAAAUGCAGGAGACCAUUUUGUGAAGCAGCUAAUAAAUAGAGACCAUAAAAAAAUUAAGAGAGAGGAGAGCAUGAGCUUUCUCAUAGCUCAUAGAAGAUGGUCUGAUUUCUCUUGUAACAUGGGAAAAUGAGGUUAAAGACCAAAAAAGCUUAGGCAUUCAAAGAGCUGAGUUUUAGAUAACUGACAGGGACACACAUUCAGCUCCAGUAAUUUAUAGACCUGUGUGAAUGGUUCAGCCAUAAUAUUUUGACAAGUAGUACAGAUACCUUAAGCUAUGAUGGGAAUGACUCUAAACAGUUUAAACCAUUUAGAGGAUAUUGAUAUGUCAAAGAAAGAAACAGUUAAUGUUCAUGUUCUACUUAUAUUUGGUAGCUGAAACAUCAUGAGUCAAAAACUUGAAAGCUUACAAAGCAGUGAAUGUUUGUUUCCAUGUAAGUGCAAACCUGGAAGAGUACCAUGGAGCUCAACACCUCUAGAUCAGGAUGUCUCUUGAGGAAAACAAAAACCCCCAAAGUGGUUACAAGACAGUAUUUGAGAAAGUUCAUGACACUUUAUCCAGAAAUCGUGAAUGUAGCUUUGUGGCUGCCUGACAAGAACAUGGACUUCAAUUAGCAGGGUGUAAUACUGUCUGCUCUCGUGAUCUUUUUUGUUAACCUGAAUUAAUGUUUCCUUAAAACUCAGCCUCCAUUUUAAUUUAAAAUGAAUGCUAUAAGCCCUACUAAUGGCAGCAAUAAUCGUGAAAGUGAAUCCUAAAAAUUUAGUAUUCUGGAGGGAUUGUUCUGAGGGAGUGAGAGUCCUACUAUGUUAUUUGCAAGCUUGUUUUAUAACUCCAAAUUGCAAGGGAGUGACUGAGUUGGCAAAAGUGUACUUUGUUAUAGGCCAGCACAGUAACUGGAUAUCUUAUUGAAACAGAGUAGCACUAGCAGAGAAAGGACCAUCUACAUGGAUUUUCAAAUAUUGUACAUGGAUUUUAGAAAGUUCGAAAGAUGAGGGGAAUUGGGCUACAGAAGCUGGUUAAAACUAACUUCUGCCCAUUAUUGAUUGGAAGAUGGUUUCUUGAUUCUCAGCAAACAGUUGUAUUUGGUCAUACUAGUUACCUUUUCUUCUGAUUGAAACAAAUUCUGCAUAGACUGAGACCUGUGUUAAUCUACUUUUUAAAAUAAUGUUAGCUGUUUUCUGAAGCAGUCAAGUUGUCUUUUCAAAAUUCAAAUUCAGAGUUCCUGAGUUGCAUGUUGGUUUCAUAUUAGCUUUUAAUCUCUGAAGACUUCAGUGAAAAUCUUUAGGUCAGAAUGGAAGUGAUUGUGAUGUCAUCUUAUUCCUCCUUUGGCCAUAUUUGUUUGUCUUGGUUUGUUUUAAAAUUAAUUAUUUAUAAAGUGCCUGUCCUAUUAUGUUGGGUGCAUAUGCAAAUUAUUAGUUAAUACUAGAUUUAAAAUAAACUUGACUGCCCUGUCUAAACCUUGCUACUUUCUGCUCCACACAAAGUUUACUUGAUAAGUGCUCACUAUGCAGAGGAAGAACAAAGUAGCAGCCAUGUUCUGUGGUCCUCUGACUAUCCUUACAACUGAUAAAUGUCUGCAUAGUUCUCUCCAGCUGCUCCUCAUCUGUGAUCUUUCUAGAAAUGUCUAGUUACCCUUAAUGUUUAAAACAGAGAUGUCAAAAGCCAGCACAUAAGGUGAAAGAAAUUCUUGUGGCCUUGCACAUCACUUGUAUCUGCAGCCUUCUACAUCUUGAAUGCUAAGUAAUGGAAACCUUUACUUUUUGCUAUUUGUUCAGUGUGUAGCAGUGUUCUUUUGAGUUCUGCUGUACCUGGAUCUGAUUCAGUUCUAACUUUAGAAAUGUAUUAGCAUUUCCUGUUGUCACUGUUGAUAAGGCUCUCCCCCACUCCAUCCCACACCCUCCUCUUUCUAGGUGUCCUACCUUUUUUAGUCCCAUUGCUUUUCUGAUUUAAAAGAAGGCAAUGUUGAAGUUGAAUUUUAGCUGUUCACUCUUUUUGUUUUUCUUUUUUAUUUCACCCCUUUAAUAAGUAAGCACUUUGAAUAAGACAGAUAUCUGAGUUUCAUCAUCUCAGGGAGCAAAUGUGCAUAGUUGUCUCCUGAGCUUUGGUGUCCUUUGUGGGUCUGCCCUUUUCCCAUUCUCUUUGUAUUAUGUCUGUUGAUAGCUGGGAGGCAGAUGACUUCAGUUCUGAUUCCAAAGUAGAAGUGGGAGAGGCUACGCAUACAAAAAGUGGACUCGUUGCAGUGGUGGAACGCAUUUGAAUUCAAUUCAAAUCCUUAUGAAAGGCACUUCACUCUGUAUGUCUGACUUCUGUUAUACUUGUCAAACAUAUUUACUUGGUACUCACUUGAGGAUAGCUCUUUGAUCAUUAUCCCUUCAGUGUAUGGAGGAUUUGCAUAUGUCAGUCACAAUCUUUAUUAGGUGUCAAACACAAAAAUCCCUCAAAUGUCCAAUAGGAGAAUAGAAACCUUUUUGAUACAACCAAAAAAAAAAAAUUUGUUACAUCUUAAGUACUUCUGUAAAAAAGAAAAAUGUCUAAACAAGUUAUCUGCUGUACUGACUUUCCAGGACUCUGUAUGUGUAAAUAGAGCCUAUUUAUUAGUGAGCUGCAGCUAACAUAGGAACCUGUCAUAUCACAGUUUGACAAGUGAAGCUUCCUAUUAAUAAUACUGAUUUAUAUUGGAACAUAUGUAUUUUUCUGAAGUAACUAGCACUGAAAAGUGGAAACACUGGAUUAAUUUUUCGGAACACUAGAAAGUGAGGUUUACCUUUCCUCUUUAUUUAAAAAAUAGAGGGUUUGUAUUUAAAGAAGUUUAGGGUUAUAAAUAGGGGGUGCUUUAAAUGGGCAGUUGUUUGCAUGUUAUGCCCCUCUCACGUUCUUGUUUCACAAAUACAAAACGUCAAGGAUUCUACAGAUCUUACUUCAUUGUCUUGAGAUGGUGUAACUGCUGAAGUUUUACUGUUAAAUCAAGCAUUAUCAAAUGUUUACCUAUUACCUGUUAUCUUUGUAAUAAAUUUUGGUGCUAUAUAUGGGCUUAAAGAAUGCAGAAUUUUAGUCUGUACUGUGUUAGGCACCAAUGUGGUCAGCAGUUAUUAUUACUAGUGCCCAAGUGUUUCAGACAGCAGUGUUGAAAUGUUAUGGAUUAAGAAAUCAUUUUUUGAAAGCUGAAAAUAAGUUUGCGUUUUUAAAUUAUUUGUUCUUGUGUUGGGUCCUCCCAUGUCCUCCCCCCUCCUGAGGCAGUUGCUCUACAGAGUGGAAAAUAUUAUGCAAAAGUGGUAUUUUUAAGUUAAAUCCUUUUUCAACUGUGGAACUUUCUCUUCUUCCCCCCCACCCCUACUUUUUUUUUUUUCCUGGAAUGUAAAAAAUAGUUCUAAUGGGAUAUGGGGAAAAGGUGGAUGGCAACAAACAUACAGUGUCAGGUUUGGUUGCUUCAAUGCUCUUGCAAUAUAGUUACUACAGAUUACAUAAAAAUGGUUUAUUUUAUUAGCUUAUGAAUAAUGUAUAUAUAGAUUUGUUAACGGCUUACGAGUCAAGCUUACUCUCUUUGCUUUUUAAAAAAUAGUUAUAGGCAUGUUGUAUUUGCCUUGUGUAAAUUAUUAAAGGCUAUUUAUUAAGUUUUCUGAUAACUAAUCUAUUUAUUAACCUGUAUUGUUUUAAAAUAAAUGAUUUAUUUCUAGCUCAA